UGUUAACUUUUAAUACAUUCACAGUCAGCUUUAAGCUCUGCCCUGGGCCUUUUCUCUGAGCAAAUUUCCAUAAACCAGCUAAGCCUAUUGUGUUUAUGAAUUGCCCAAAAUAGGUCUCAAAGUGCUGGAGUUCAGUGUAUUCACAUGGUUUAAAACCUCCAGGAAAGGAAGGCCCCUCUGGGAGAAGGAAGAUGAUGUCCUCUGGAAGGGCACAGGCCCUACGUGACAAAUCCUUUAUUCUGUCCAGUCUUGCAGCCCAUCGCCUGAAAAUCUUGGCACCAGCUGCUCUGGGAACCAAAGACUGCCUUUGGACUCUGGAGGAGCAGAUGUCUCCCUCCUUCUAGCCUUUCAUCUUUCAUGCCCCUUUCCAGCAAAUAUCUGGCCAAGGGAGAAGCUGUAAUGAUCACCAGGUUCAAGCAAGAGUUCAUCUGCGUCAUUAGCCAGGAGACAAGGAGCCUCAGCCCAGGUAUCUCUAAUUUCCAAAGGAAUGGGAUCCUUAAGAGUUCUUCAAAGACACAUAGAUCAGAAGGUUAGUUGACACUGUUUGCCUUGUAGAUGGGUCACUCAGUCUUGCAGCAUCGAGUGUGUGAGUGUGUGCACAGUGAUGUCAGCAUCCCCGGGGAGCUUGUCAGAAAGGCAAGGUCUUGGGUUCCGCCCCACACCUGCUCAACACGAAUCUGCCCUGUAACCAGGUCCCCAGGGGGAUCCAGGUGCAUCUUAGGGUCUGAGAAGCUCAGUUUGGAGGGCAAGGCUCCCUUGUUUAUACAUUGUUGCUUGCCCUUUGCACUUCUGAACGUGGAACCACAAAUACAGAAUAGUCCUACAAGGAAUUAGGGAAAGAACAGGUAUAUUUUGAAGCUUCCACAGAAGACACCUGUUUAAGCAUCUCUUAACCCUAAUAUCUUCUCAUGAAAUGACAUGUUGCCCUUGAUUUACAUGGUAGAUGUUUUAUGCCCGUCCGCAUUUUAAAUGAGCCUUCUGAGCCACAUAAUAGGAUUGCUUCUCUGUUUUCAAAGUGUCUUUUUUUUUUUUUAAGAUUUUAUUUAUUUACUUGCCUGAGAGUGAGCAGAAGCAGGGAGAGUGGCAGGCAGAGGGAGAAGCGGGCUCCCAGCUGAGCAAGGACCCCGAUGCGGGACUUGAUCCCAGGACCUUGGGAUCAUGACCUGAGCAAAGGCAGCCACUUAACCGACUGAGCCACUCAGGUGUCCCUCAAAGUGUCUUCAGAUGUGAAUUGCAGCCUUUCAAUUGUCUGCAUAGGUAGAAAGGGAUUAUGGGAGCCAAUGCUUGCAUGUUUUCCUUGAUUCAGGAGCUACUGGGCAUUGAAGCCUCAGAGCUUGUCUCUUCCCACCCAUCCUCAGAGCCCCGGGGGAUGCCAAGAGAAUUUUACUUCUCCCUGCCACUGUGCCCUCAGGACAUAGAUCACCCUUGGAUAAACCUCAGAGCUUUGUUUGAGAUCAGAUGGCAAGUAAUUCUUUUUCCUUCGUAAUUAACACAAACACACCGAUCUUGGAAGGACCCGGCUACUGCCACAGUACUGAAGUGGACUUGGAAACCCCAGUAGCUUGCAGGCUAAUGCAUGAACAGCCAUUAAAAAUUACUUGGCCCACAGUCAAAAACACACAAGCCAGAUAUGAUGAGUUGGCUUUUCCAUGAGUUUUGAUUUUCAAGGCACUAUAAACAUGCAUGGCAAGUUGUAGAGGAACUGUGCGUACAUUGCUCCAGAAUGCAGAUGAGGGGGUGUCCCUCCACUUGGGGAUUGAGGGAGGGGCUCCCGGGGGAAAUAUCUAAUCCCCUUUCAGGUUAGCCACCCAAGAAAGGCUGAGAGGAGGCAGUACAGAAGGGGAAAUUAAGGUCGGUGGGUAGAAGCUGACAUUUUUACUUAAGAGAUUCGCAAGCUCUGUGUACCUACCUGAGGAUCCCUGGGGAUCUGUGCAUGAAGCAGAACCCUGCACCCAGUAUUCCUGGGAUGGAGACCAGGAAUCUGCUCAUUUAACAACCUGCCUGGAUAUUCUGAUGCAGGUGUGUUAUACUGCUAUCAAAAGGCUGCUUUGCAGAUCAGCUCGAGUGGCAGCAAGGCCUAAAUUAAGCAGCUGGAAAAAGACCAGCAAAGGGCCAGCAAUGCACUGACUAUUCGCACACUUGGUUAUUCACAGUCUUAUCAGCUCAGGCUGCUGUAACAGCACCAUGAAGUCGGCAGCUUAAACAACAAACAAAUAUUUCUCACAGUCCUGGAUGUUGGGAAGUCCAACAUCAAGGCACUGGCAGAUUCCAUGUCUGGUGAGGGUCAGCUUCCUGGAUCAUAGGUUUCACCUUUUUGCUGUAUUCUCACUUGAAUACAGCAGAGAGGGGAAGGAGCUUUGGGGGGGUCGGGAGGUCUCUUUUAUGAGGGCAUGAGUCCAUUCAUGAGGACUCCACCCUCAUGAUCUAAUCACCUCCCAAAGGCCCCACCUUCACAUAUCAUCAUAUUUAGGAACUAGGAUUCCAACACAAGAAUUUUAGGGGGACACAAACUAACACCUGGCUAGCCAUCUUACCCCAAGAUUGAAUGGCAAAGGAUCAAAGGUGCUGAUGUGCUCAGGUCUCGAGAACACUUGCCCAGGAACUUCAGAGGCUCUCCAUGACCUUCAAGGCCAUGGCAACUUGUGAGGCAGCCCACCAGUUGCAAGGAAGGAACAGAAAGCACACAGCUUGCAGUGAAUAGGUCCAGGUGCCCUGCUUCCCCAGCUGGUGUCAGCAGGCCCACUUCUUUCCUCUUCCUCUCUAAUCACUUAGGCAAUCAUUUCUAAACAAGCUGGGCCACUCAUGUUUUUCCUUCCUCUGGUUCUUUGUGGAUAUCACAAUGCAAAACACUCCCUUUGACAGCAUAACUAACAUGUUUAAUUCCGUCUACAUCACCUUUCAUAAUUAGUAUUAACAGGAUUAAUGUUAAGUAGGGAAGGGAAAAAAUAAUUUUCAAGGGAAUGUUUUUUAUCCUAGGGUAAAGGGCUAACUCUUAAAAGCUUAGGAAAAUCAGCUUUUGCAAAUUAUCCUUUCUGAAGCUUCCAGCUGUAUUAAAUGCUGACAGUUUUUAAGCACUGAGAUGAAAGAGACAAAUUCUUUUUCUUUUGUGUUGCUAAUUACAAUUUUGCUUAGCCUGAUGAAGCCUGCUUUCCUCUUGAGACAUUUGCCAGCGUACAUUGAUUGCACAAAUAUUUACAGACUGCUAAAGGACAGGGACAGCUUAUACCCAAAAAGAUAUGGAACUCUCAAAAAAAGCCUCUCUGACACAGUAUAUUUGUGGCCACCUCCCCAGAAUCCAUGUAAACUAUCUGCCCCUUAGUCUCAGCAAACGUGUUUAAAGAACAUUGUCCCUGGGUUGAUUUAGUGUUUGCUUGGCUGGCAAUGGCCGCCAAGGUCUUUCUUCAAAAGCCUUCUUUUUCUCAUAGUUAAAAAUAAGUUUCCAAAAAUAUAUAUUCAUCUUAUGGAUUGCUCUACUGUCAACACUUAAUCUCUCAGGCCACCCACAUGGCACGGAAGAGGUCCAUCCAGGGGUGGUUCCAAAUGCCAUGAGUUUGAGAACAAGGUAGAAGAUUUGACUAGCAACUCCACAAGGCUCUGAGACCCACCUUGAUUUCCUAGAACGCCAGUCAAGAACCAGGGCUCUGGAGUCAGACAGCCCCAUUCAACUCUAGCUUUGACAACUUCCAAGUGGCAUAACCUCUCAACCUCCAUAAACCUUGUUUUUCCAUCUUAAAAGGGAAAGAGUCCUGUGUAGGUACCUAGGAAACAGCAUCAACCUCCAGGAGCCAUGUAAGGAGUAAAUGAAAUAAUGAAGGCACAGCAUUUAGCGCAAUGCCCGGCACACAGGACCGGAUAAAUGUUUGAUUCUGUUUUUUGGUUUUUUAAAGAUUUUAUUUAUUUAUUUGGCAGAGAGAGAUCACAAGUAGGCAGAGAGGCAAGCAGAGAGAGAGGAGGAAGCAGGCUCCUCGCUGAGCAGGGAGCUGGAUGCGGGGCUCGAUCCCAGGAUCCUGGGACCAUGACCUGAGCCGAAGGCAGAGGCUUAACCCACUGAGCCACCCAGGCGCCCCUGAUUAUAUUUUUUAAACCAGCUUGAACCUAUAAAUAAUUAGGCCACAGGAGAAAGGAAAGGGGGGGAUGGGAAAGGAAGUACAAGUAGAUUCUAAUAUCCAGAGGAGGCUCUUUCCGAGGAGAAUGGCUACCCAUACAGAAGGGAGGAGGAACGUGGGCAGGAGCUCAAGCUGACGAGUUGCUAGGAGAUCACAGGAAGACAAGAGAAUGGCAGAGCCACCAGCCCGAGCUUCAGGAGAGGAAUGGGCACACAGUGCACAGAUGCCCAAUAAGAUACAGGGUGCCCAGUUACGUUAGACUCUCAGAGCAAUUGGUUUUAGUGUAUGUCCCAAAUAUUGCAUGGAACAGACUUACAUUAAAAAAUUAUUGUUUCCCUGGAAUUUCGAUUUAACCUGGCAUCCUGUUUUUGAGGGAUCUCGUUUCCAUUUGUUUUGCUCUGUGUUGUUUGUCAUUCUUGCUUUGAUUUUGUCUGUUGCUUUGCUUGUUUGUUUGUUUAUUUGCUCACAGCGGCCACUCUGGCCCAAACUGCAGAGAGCUGCUCCGGCUGCCGUCACCGCACCCCAACCCCCAAUUCCCAUCUCACGGGGAAGUGGGGAGGAGUCAGAGAAGUCAUGUGUGUGGAAUGGCUGUGCAAACUCCGCAGAACUAUCAAAUCGACUUCAUUUUCAGGUUGACUUCCCUCAAGGAAGCAAAAUGCUCUUCCAUCCACAUAUUGCACCUCCCAGAGGAAGAAAGGGAGCCUUUGACCCAGCAUCCCUCUCACAAGACAGAUUCCUCUGCUGAACCAGUGGGUGAGGCCAAGGCUGGGAUCAAGACAGUGUCUACUAUCCAAGAUUCACAUGUGUGCCAGGGAUAAUUGGGGAGUGGGAGGGUAAGAGUCUUCAGGACCCAGCUGAGGUGUCAUGUCACCUCCUCCAUGAGAUCUCCCUUUUGGUUUCAUCUUCUUCCAUCUUUGGAAGAACACGUCCUUCCUCUGGAUUCCCAUUACUUCUGCUCUGCAUUGCUCUGACAGCACUCACCACUUCAUAAUCUUCAUUUUGGAUUCCCUUUUGGAUCAUCUUCACUUGCUUCUCCAAAACAACUCUCCCCUAUUCUCUACUCCUCUAUGCUACAUUCUGUACCCCAGCAGAUGGACCAUUUCUCUUUUUAACCCAUUCCCAUCAGAUUUUCUACUCUACACCACUCAACUAAAAUAGCUCUUGCCAAGGUCAUGAUGGCCUUCAUCUUGCCAAAUUCAGCGACCAGUUCUCAGUUCUCAUCUUUCUCACCCUCUUGACAGCAUUUGCCGUGGAUGACCCCUCUCUCCUUCCAAAACACUGGCUUCCACUUUCAGAUACCACAUGCUUCUGUGUUGUCACGUACUCCCCUGCUCCUUCCUAAUGUCCUUUGCUGGCUUCUCCCCUUCCUAUCCCACCUCUACCCAACCCUGCUUUCUCCAUGAGGACCAUGGUUUUGACAGUUGGCACAUUCACCUUCCUAAAACCACUGCUUCUGUGUCAUGGCACCUCACUCACAGCUACCACUCUCAUCAGAAUCUGGAAACACCACUCCCUCCUCUUACCCCAGCAGGCCUGGAGGUGGUAACAGUUUCCCACUGUUGCUAGACACUGAAUGCUUCUCCACCCCUUGUUGGCUCUCUUAAUCCAGCCCACACCGCUAUAGACAGUCCCUUCAAUAGCUCUCUUCCAUAAAUCCUUGGAGAGUGCUGUCCCCUGCUAGCACCCUGACUAACACACUGCUUGAUUUUGUUUUGCCGCUUACCUCCCAUAGUAGCUUAUAAGGCCACUAAGAACCAUGUCUGUGUUUAAUUCUUCUUUUCUCCCCAAUAGUGCUUGCUAUCCAAUUGGGACAAAUAAAUGCUGAAAUAAAAUAUUCUUUCUUAUUAACUGCCUUCAACAUGAACACAAAAUGAAAGUGAUAUAAACAUUAGAAAAUAGACACACACACACACACAUGGACACACACACAUACACACACACACAUACACACACACACACAUAACACAUGCACACAUCUGUCAGAAAGCAAAAGCAGAAGAAUGAAAUAAUGCUAAGUGCUGACUUUAUGGGUUUUGCCUGAUUCCUCAAAUUCAGUUUAUUCAAAAUCCAUAUGGAACAGGCUUUUUCUUCUCCAAGCCCAGAAAAGAAAGACAGUUAUUUCUGUUACAAUAGAAAUCAAAGUCCAAAUAACUGAGAAGCAGGGAAGCCUCAUGGCUGACCAACAGGAGGAUCUAAGAAACAGAGGGUGCCAGGAAUUGCAUCCAACCCUAUGCAAGAGAUGGGCUUUUGGGAAAAAAGCUACUCUGUGGGGUCCCAACUUUUGGGAGUCUUUAUCCUACUUUGCUUGUUUCUCUCUCUUCCUAUUGUGAGCUACAUUGCCACCCCUUCCCUAACAAACCUGAUCCCACUGCUCCAAUGCCAGCCAAGUGGGCCAUAUAAGGAUUUAGGGCAAUAAGGUGAAAGGAGAGGAAGAAAAAAGAAACCCCAUCAUCCCUCAUCUGGCCCCAGUGGUGGUCUUCUUAUCUGUCACCCUAAGCCACAAUCUUCAGGCCAUCCUCUAUCACCUAUAGACAUCCGUAUUCCCCAGGAACUGGACCAAAGUAUUCUUUUGAAAUAAAGAAUAUUCUAACUUUGAUCUUCUAUGGAUCCAAGGGUCAUCCUUAGACAUCUGUAUCUGCUUUUGCUUCUACGAAUGAAUCCAAGUAUAAAAAUAGACAGUGUUGUGUAUGUGUUGGGGGGGUGUGUAGAUGAUUACCUUUAAUCUCUUUCUCAUAUUUCAAAAACCUUUAGAGACCUUCAAAAAGGAUAACCUGGAUGUCCAAGUGGAUGACCAAACACCCUACCCUCUCAGUUCCUUGACCUCCUCAUCCCCAAUGAUCUUCCUUUUACACGAUAGCAAAGCCACCCACUCCCUGCAACUGCUCUACUUUUAAGAUCGUCAGUCAUGCUGUCUCUAUGCAGACCUCAUACUUUUCCACCAAUUUGCUCCAUCUUUCUUUAAUCUCACCAGCACUUCCCUGCUAAGAGUCCCCUUCUAUUCUCUCUCCUCUGUAUGUGCCUCGGAUUCCAUGGUUCAUCCUUUGGGGAAGGCUUUUGCAAAUAUGGUACGUUCCCUUGGUCCUUUGUCUAUCUGUGGUAACUCCCUGGCACUAAAUAAAUAAAUAAAUAAAUAAAAUAAAACCAUUAACCUGAAAUGAACCUCACCCCUCAGCUCCCCCCAUUCUGUUCCUGAACAACUGAAUGCCACACAUCAGUCAGACAGGAAUCUUGCUAAAUUCAAGGUCACCAAUCUCAAGAGACUUUCAACAUUCCCAGCAUCAAGAAGUACUUGUGGGGGGGGGGAAUGUAUAAGGAAGGAACUGGGGAUUCUGAAAUGAAGACCGUGCAUGCAGGUAGAGGAGCCAACAAAGAGACAAAGCAGAAGAGAACCAGAUGAGAAGAGUACACUGGAAGCAAAAAGAGAAUUUCAAUAAGGAGUCUGCCUCGUGCCACCCUGUUGAUGACAACUGUUAUGGAUGAAGAAGCAAAUUGUCCUGGGGACCCUUGGCAUGUGCAAGUGUGUUGAAGUCAGGCUUUUGUUUCCUCGUCUGGUACAAAGGAAUCUCCCCUACCUUCCCCAGGAGGAUGUUGGGAGGAUAUGGGUGGGGGGGAAGCAACGGCAUUAUUGCAACAGUAAUGAGUGUAUGAGGUCAAGGCAAGGCUGACAAUGUUCUCAAUAAGAAACGUUGUGAUUGUGAACAAAGACUGUGGGUUUGUUUUUUUUUUUAAUUUGUUUGCUCUUAUUUUUUUGAUGCUAGACAGUUGGAAUGCCAAGGGCAGUUCUGUGCCAAGCCACAAAAAUGAAAGGCCGGGAUUUCCCCUAGGACGUCAGCUUCCACACUAGCUAAAGGCCAGCACAAAAUCUUCCCUAAGGUAGCAGUUUAGGAACUUCCUGUUGGUUUACAUUUCAAACAGAUUGUAUUUAAUUUUCACCUCACCAGUUAGUGCUCAGACCGAACAGUGAUAUGGUCAGGAGACCGAUGGAUGGGGCAUUCUGCUGAGAACUGAACCAGCGACCCCCCGGCUACUAGAAAUCCAUUGUUUCUCUACAUACACAGUUGAGUCUUGAACAACAUGGAGGUUAGGGGCGAUGACCCCCGCCCCGAGUGGAAAAUCCACGGAGGAGAACAGACAGCCAUCAUGGAACCCAGACCUCAGAAGAGUCCAGGCAAACCAUUGGCAUUUUAUUAUGAAAAUGAAGUCUGCAAACAAGAUUACUUUAUUAAAUCCCCACCUCCUCAGCUUUUCUUCUCUGCUUCUUCUUGGAAAAGGCGGUUUUUCAUUCUUUCCAAGAGUGGGGAAAGGAGCCUUCGUCUUUCCUAUUACAAAGACCAACAUCGCCGAGGGUCCAUUGAAAUCGACCGGAAUUCCAGUGUAGAAGUUGGCAUACACGGCCAGGAAAAAAUGCAAUCUGUACAGAAGAUGUUUAAAUGUCUCCCUGAUGAGGUGAUGUCCAUACGAACUACUAACAGGGAAUACUUCCUCAUUGGCCAGGACAGGGAGAAGAUUAAAGACUGGGUCUCCUUCGUGUCAUCAUUCUGCCUUGGGGGAGAGACAGCACGCCACAGCCCACAGGAGAAAUUCUCACUGGGCGGUAAAAGGCCCUCUUCAGACCCCAGCCCUCUCCUUGGUCCUUCCAGCACAUCAGAAGCGGUCGGCCCCACCACACCAAGAAACAGUCUUCCAGACAUGCAUUUAAUGGAAAAAAAUUCUCCAGGACUCAGACAAGCCCAUUUACUACAUGAUUUCUUGUCAGAGACUACAGAAGAUACAGAAGAAGAGAGUUAUUAUGUUAGUCCUAAAAGCAUUCUUUUAGAGUUGAAUACUUUCGUUGCUUCCAGUGACUCUGGUGAAUCUGCCGAGGCUGACAGUCUAGACCAGUUCUCCGAGACAACUGAGAAUCACUACAUGUCAAUGAAAUCCUAUGUUUUCAGAGAGAUGUCCCACGAGACUGCUGAUAGCAACAAGGAAUCCCAGGCCGUUCCAGAGAUCCAGAACAGGGGACUUCACUUACAAGAACAAGACUCACAAAGUGACUCUUGUCUUCCACCUGCCAAUAUGGAAGCACAGACCGUGAAUGACAAAAAGGGGUUGGCCUCGCUUAAUGUUGUGCAAUUAUCUAUUCUAAUCAAUAACAUCCCUGAUGAAGGCCAAGUGGAGCAACUAAAUGUGUUCCUUUCUCCUUCCGACAUCAUCAAUUAUCUCACUCUCACAGAAGCCGCAGGUCAGAUAUGUGUGGCUCAGUGGCAAGGCCCCCCACGCCUGGGAUGCUUAUUUUUUCACGGAGAUCAUCUUUUGGCCGUGAACGACCUGAAGCCCCAUGGCCUGGACGAGGCCUCCUUGUUUCUCAGCCGGUCUGUCCAGAAGGAGAAAAUAAAACUCACCAUCGGCCGGAUCCCAAAUUCAGAGAAAUUUCAUGCUGUCUCCUGCACGUGCUCCUUAAAAAAUGAGCGUGUUUUACCUUGUCAACUGGGUAAGUCUGGACCUGGGAAGACACUGAAGAGGAGUCCGGCCAUUAGAAAGGGUCAGUGCAAAGGAAGUGGAGAGUAACAGGCCAAGACCCGCAGAGGAGCAAAGAGGGUCCCUGGACUCUGCAGGGGCUCUGCCCCUCACCGCUGUGUGAGACGAGGCAAGUUAACACAGCUCUCUGAUUUUCGGCAUCUACAUCUUAACGGCGGGGAUAACUCCCCUCUCUGGCUAUUUGCAUCCGGGAUGUUGAGAGGGCCAAGGGUGGUAAUGACUGUGGAACACAGAGGAAAUGGAAGGCCUCAAUAUCUCAGACUUUGUCCCACACACCACCGAGAUUGGGUAAGUCCCUCAUGUAAGAUGAACACGGUGUGUUCUGUGAGGCGGUACCCCACGUAAUCCCUUCUCUGUUGGGAACAUACGGUUGGAAAUGCUCAUUCCAGGAACGCAAGGUUCCAGAGAGAUGUGAUAUCAUAUCAGUUCUCCCAAACACCUCCUGCUCCUUGUCAUGUCCUUGGUCCAAAAUGCCGGGCAGAGUCGUCUCUUGGACUCAAUAAUUAUCUUGUUUUCUUAAAGACCCAGUAACUAUUCUAGAAGUCAAAGCAGUUUCAGGUCAUAUACAGUAAAGAUCUGUUUUCUCUACAAGGAAUUAAGGCAAUGACUUAACACUUCUGAAUUUGAAAGGUUUUAACUAAUUGAUACAGUAAUUGAUCCUACAAGCCAAAAACAUCAAGUCUUUUUUCAUAAACAGGAAAACGGAGGCAGAGAGUGAAAGGACUAAUCAAAUCUGGGAACGUUAGAGCAUAAGGAGGCUUCAGGAAAUAUGUCUUACCACGUUGUCAUUUUGUGCCGGAAGACAUCAAGGCCCCAAACGUUUAAUACAAACAAAACAGAAACAGGCUCAUAAAUACAGAGAACAAACUGGUGGUGGCCAGCCAGAAGGAGGGGACAGGAGAAGUAGGCAAAGGAGAUUAAAAGGUACAAACUUCCAGUUAUCAAAUAAGGCAGUCUCCGGGAUGGAGAGUGCAGCCUGGGGAAUAGAGGCAAUGAUACCACAAUAAUAUUGUUUGGUGACCACACUUAACUGUGGUGAGCAGAGCGUAAUGUACAAGAUUGUCAAAUCACUCUGUUGUAGGCCUGAAACUGACAGAACACAGCAUGUCAGAAAGGAACAAUAGUAAAGCUGUAUCCUCUGUGGUUCCCAGUUUCAUAGCUGUAUAGUGGCAGAAAAGAAUCUAAGAAAUCUAAGAAUCUGAGAAACAGAUGUCCUGAUCUUCACUUUGUUUUUGGACUGAGGUUUGAAAAGACCUUCAGCAGACAGAAGACACAUCCAAAUACAGAUCUGUUAUCCAGAUUGUCUAAAAAUCCUUACCUCCUGUUUCUUUUUUUAAGCUGGAUUGAAGACUCUGCUUUCUCCCUAGUUUUAUUGAAAUGUCAUUGACACAUGGCAUGGUAUCAGGUCAAGGUAUACAACGGAAUGAUCUGAUGUGUGUGGAUUCACCUACUGUUCCUACUUCCAGAAAUCUGUCCAAUGGAAAUACUCACCCAACCCAGAUUGUUCUGUAAUGUUCACUGCAUUUUUGUAAUAAAAAAUAAAUUCUUUAGGAAUUGCUUAAUUAUGAGGACUUCCUGGGAAUCCCACUUCCUGGGAUUGGUUGCUCUGAAGAUGUUAAAUAUUCUACAUGUGAGUCACAGAAAGAUGUUUGCAAUAUAGUAAGAAUGACAGAAGCAAGUUGCGGUGUGCCUGGGUGACUCAGUCGGUUAAGCGUCUACCUUUGGCUCAGGUCAUGAUCUCAGGAUCCUGGGAUUGACCCCCGAAUCAGGCUCCUUGCUCAGCAGGGAGCCUGCUUCUCCUUCUGCCUCUGCCAUUCCCCCUGCUUGUGCUCUCUCUCUCUCUAAAAAAAAUAAAUAAAAUCUUAAAGAAAAAGAAAAAGAAAAAAGCAAUUUGCAGAACAGCAGGCAUGACAUCGUCCUAUUUUUACAAAAAUAAAUUAUUGGUAUUUACAUUUAUGUAUAUGUGUAUACAAAAUUUCCCCAACCCUAAUAAGAGAGAAAUGCCUAGCUCAUCUGGUUGUCGUGAGGUUUAAAUGGGUGAGGUAUGGACGGCAGCUAGGACACUGCCCAAUACGCAGUGAGCACUCAGUGCUGGUUAUGCAGCUGCUGCUUUGACAAUGCUGUUUUGUUCCGUAAGAAUAAUCUCUGAGAAGUAGGAGCACGGUUGGCCAUGUGGGGGAGGCAUUUCUAUUAUGUUUGAAUUUUUUUUUUUUUUUUGCAAUG